CAAGUUCCUUCAUGAGCUCUUGAGCUAUAUUACGUAGUCCAUGCCCUUCGAGAAAUAGUGACUUAUGUCAAGUAAGAUGCAUAUAUGUUUUACAGUGAUCUUCUGCUUGAACGUUUUCAGACAUGCUGAGGUAAAGUCAUCUCCACCAAGCGUCACGUCAUGUCUUCUAACUAGUCUAUGGACUGGUGGUUAUCAGUGAGACCCGACCUUAUCAUCACGUGGGCUCACGGCAAACAGAACAAACCAUACAAACUUGCCAAAAGAGCUGGAACAUCCUCUGAAUGUCGUCUGAAGUCAUCGCUUCUUAUCCUGCGACACAUUCUCCCAACUAGCCAAAAUGGAAGGAUUCGACGAGGAAGCCUUCAAAAAGUUCUUUCCAACUAGCUUUGGCCGGCAGGAGAAGAAAACCGAUGUGAGCACUCAGAUCGAUCGCACCAAGCGCACCGAGGUAGCUGCGAAAGUCGACAGCGGUGACGAGAAGACGCGAGCGAACACCGAGGUCACUCCUGAAGAGCCAACCAUUCCUGAACCGGCGGGCCGCGAGGUGAGGCCUGACAGUAACAAUGGAAGCGACGAUUCCGACUCCGACGACUCCGACUCAGAAGACGACGAGGAUGAGUUUCCGGUCUCCCACGAGAUGCUACUCAAGACCCAUGACCGGGCAGUGACUACAUUGACCGUUGACCCGGCGGGUUCGCGGUUGAUCACCGGGUCCACGGACUGCACGAUCAAGUUGCACGAUUUUGCCUCGAUGACGCCGUCGACUAUACGCGCCUUCAAGUCCGUCGAUCCGUCGGCGAAGAAGCAGUCCGCCGCCCAAGAAGCACACUCCGUACACUACGUCGCAUUCAACCCACUGGCCCCAACCUAUGUGAUGGUUGUCUCCGCUACAGCGCAGCCGAGGAUUCUGAAUCGCGAUGGUGACACGGUUACUGAAUUUGUCAAGGGUGACAUGUAUCUAAGGGACCUACACAAUACCAAGGGCCAUAUUUCGGAGGUCACCAGCGGAGCAUGGAGCCCGACCGAUGAGAAUCUAUGCGUGACGGCUGGAACGGACAGCACAGUGCGCAUCUGGGAUGCUAAUGUAGGAAGGACACAAAAGGAAGUGAUUGUGCACAAGUCCAAGAUGGCUGGAUCCGCUGGUCGGAGCAAAAUGACAGCCGUCGCGUGGGGCUCGCCCAAACAAGGAGGCCCUAAUGUUCUGAUCGGUGCCGCCCUUGAUGGGAGCUUGAUGAUGUGGGGUGGUGAUGGGCCAUUUACCCGUCCAAGUGGUGAGGUUCGGGAUGCUCAUACCAAGGACACCUGGACGAGCGGCGUCGACAUCAGCUCCGAUGGCAGGCUGGUCGUCACAAAAGGCGGCGAUGACACCAUCAAGCUCUGGGACACCAGAAAAUUCAAGAAACCGAUCACGACUGUAUCCCAUCCGUCUAGUACCCGCUUCUCGACUUCGAACAUCAUCUUCUCACCCUCCUCGGCGAAUGUGCUUACUGGCUCUGAAACUGGCCACCUGCAUAUCUUGAACCCUGCUACGCUGAGGCCAGAACUAGUAACGCCGAUCACCCCUGGAUCCCCGGUCAUCACUGUCCUAUGGCACGAGAAGAUGAACCAGAUCCUUACCGGUUCCGCCAAUGCCGAGACGCAUGUUCUCUACAACCCGAAUAUGUCGACAAGGGGCGCGGCCUUGGUUAUGUCCAAGGCGCCGAAGCGCCGCCACAUCGAUGAUGACCCUAGUCUCACCAUGGAUCUCAGCCAGGGUCUCUCGGGAGACUCUGUUGUAGUGGGAUCGAACGGUGUUCCUCACUACAGCUCGUCUACUUGGUCUGCCCGCCACCCGACCAUUGGGUUGACGGCUUCAGGACGUCCCAAGGAUCCUCGCAGACCGUACAUGCCGGCUGCGACUCCGUUUGCCAAGUCGCAACCGGACGAGAAGCAUAUCCGAGAUAACAUCCCUCUCAGUUCGAUGCGCGACGAAGACCCUCGGGAGGCCCUGCUGAAAUAUGCGGACAAGGCUGAAAAGGAUCCAAUUUUCACCAAGGCGUGGAAGGAAACACAACCCACGCCUAUCUAUCGGGAGCUCAGCGAUGAUGAAGAACAGAAGCCGGAGAAGAAGCGGGCAAAGAGGUAAUCAGCACGGCAGGCUCUAAUUGUCGGUCUUUUGUAGCGAUUGCAAUUUCUUCGAAAUAAUUUGAAACGUUUGUAUAUAUCCCAUACGACAGAUGGCGUUCGGAGGGUGCAACGGGAAAUUCAUCAAAAGCGAGCAAUCAUUCUAUUUUAAGCCCUGUAAAGAUGAUGAUCGGGGAUCUGUCAAUCCGGAGUCACGGAGAGUUUGUUGUCGAGGAUGAACUAGUUCCAUGCUUGGUGACGUUGGACCGACAGGGAGGAAGCGGAGAAGGAAAAUGGCGCCUCAUUCCUCGGAUCGCGGUGCGAAUCAAGGCGAAUUGUGACCUGAAGUAGAAGUAUAAUGAUGCCUGCUGUGCUUGGACACAGGUCUGAUGUCUUUUGAGAUCUUCUUAGUAGCUUUGCUAGCACCUGCACGUGUGACUGCUCAUGUCUUGUCUUAUCCUAUCCUGUCUGGGUUUAAGGGGAGGAUAGAUUAUUUAAUUUAGAC